UCUUGCAUCGAAAGUGAGUAGAACACAACUACUAAAUCAUUCUUCUUUUUAGCUCUCUCAGUCUCACAUACAUAUACAUAUAUAGUUCACUUAAUAUAACUCUCCAGAACCACAGAAAGUCUUCGAAAUAGAGAGAUAGAGCGCCAAGAAAGCAGUACAGUCACUCCCUAUUAAAAUGGGUAGUCUCGGCGACUUUGACUUUCCCCUAAGCAAAAAUCUUUCUAGCAUAGCCGGUGGAGAAAGCAAUAAUCCGUUGGAUCCCGAGGAGUUCCGGCGACAAGGGCAUAUGGUUAUCGAUUUCAUCGCAGAAUACUACAAAAAUAUCGAGAAGCACCCAGUUCUGAGCCAAGUCGAACCGGGUUACCUCAAAAAACGUCUCCCGACGUCGGCACCCUUCUAUCCUGAAUCCAUUGAGACGAUUCUAAGCGACGUUCAGGACCACAUCGUUCCAGGCAUUACUCACUGGCAGAGCCCCAACUACUUCGCAUACUUUCCUUCCAGCGGUAGCAUUGCGGGCUUUCUCGGAGAAAUGCUCGCCACCGGCUUCAAUGUCGUUGGAUUCAAUUGGAUGUCGUCUCCAGCUGCAACUGAGCUAGAAAGCAUCGUCAUGGACUGGCUCGGUGAGAUGCUAAAGCUCCCUAAGUCAUUUCUGUUCUCCGGAAACGGAGGCGGUGUUCUACAAGGAACCACCUGCGAGGCCAUAUUGUGUACUCUUGUUGCAGCCCGCGACCGAACCCUCAAAAUCAUUGGAAAUGACAAUAUCGGAAAGCUGGUCGUUUACUGUUCUGACCAAACACAUUGCGCUUUCAAGAAAGCCGCCCAGAUAGCCGGGAUUCACCCCAACAAUUUUCGAGUCAUCCCAACAACGUUGUCGUCCUCUUUUGCCAUGUCGCCUAAGGCUUUACGAAGCACCAUCGUUGCCGAUGUUGAGGCUGGACUCGUUCCAACGUUUCUACUUGCAACUAUCGGAACAACAUCCACAACGGCCGUUGACCCCCUCGGGCCUCUAUGCGAUGUGGCAAAAAAUUACGGAAUGUGGGUCCAUGUCGACGCGGCCUAUGCUGGGAGCAUCUGUAUUUGUCCAGAAUUCCGGCACUUCAUCGAUGGAGUGGAAGGAGCCAACUCCUUCAGCUUCAACGCUCACAAAUGGUUCUUCACCACCUUGGACUGCUGCUGCCUUUGGGUCAAAGACCCUGCAGCGUUGACACAAUCAUUGUCUACGGAUCCGGAGUAUCUGAAGAACAAGGCCACCGAAUCAAAGCAAGUCGUUGACUAUAAAGACUGGCAACUCGCUCUCAGCAGACGAUUCCGUUCUCUCAAAUUAUGGCUCGUACUCCGAAGCUACGGAGUCGAGAAACUACGUGGCUUUCUCCGAAGCCAUGUCAAGAUGGCCAAGCUCUUCCAAGGUUUUGUGCAAGCUGACGACAGAUUUGAGAUUGUCGUUCCGAGGAAUUUCGCCACCGUGUGUUUCAGACUAUCUCCAUCAGCAAUAAGUACUACUGCUAAAACUAACGUACUGUCAGAGAUAGUAAAUGGUAGCCGAAGGAAUACUAAUACUCUCCAAAAAAUGGAAUCCGUAAAUCAGCUCAACCAGAAGCUCAUGGACUCUAUUAACCGCUCAGGUCUAAUCUAUAUGACCCAUUCCGUCGUCGGCGGUAUCUUUUUACUUCGCUUCGCGGUCGGUGCGAGUCUAACAGAGGAGUCCCAUGUCAUUGAGGCUUGGAAUGUAGUCAAGCAUCAUGCACACAUCAUACUCAACUCAAACUAGCUAGCUGUUAAUUAUUAUAUAUCGAUCUCUUUAUAUUUGAUUUGGUUAAUGAGGAUUGCCAUGUCCAUAUACAAUUUGUUUACAUUCUUCGAAUAAAUAUGCAUUUUUUACGCACAAAAUUGGAUUUGUAACUAAGGUUUUAAUUUUUUGUUUCUUUCUUAUACAAGUAAUUUUUUCAAGAGUUGUUUUUCACCAAUCCCACGCGCAUACAGUGCCUUAUUUUGUAAGGUUUGUAUACAAGGUCACU